AUGCUUCUGCUCUGUCGUGUCGUCGAUACUGUAGACUUACCAUUAAUAUCAGCUGCACUUCCUAUGUAUUCUUGCCGGUGGCUUGGCCUCGAGCACUGUGACAAGACAUACUCGUCGGAGUGGAAUCUGGAGCGGCAUAAGCGGGAGAGCUGCCCACAUAAGGCGUUCCAUGGAUCGGACUCGGAUAAGGACUCUAUCGACCUCAACACCGAGGAUACCGUAAUUAUCGUCGGCCAAGUCAAGUUUGCCGUCUCGAGAACGGCCCUCUCCCGCUCGUCACCCUACUUCGCCUCCCUCUUCCAGCUCCACGAGAUGAAUGACACCGACGUUCACGUCGACGUUGACCCCAACGAGUUCCAACUCCUCUUGGAUGCCCAUAACAAUCCGGGAUUUUUGAAUGCCUCCAACAUCGACUCGGUGGCGCUGAUGGCGGAGAAGCUAAAAUUCAUGACGGUUUUUGAGACGUGCGAGAAGUAUAUAGCUGAAAAGCUGCCCCACCACUCCGUAAUGCACGCCAUCCGGCUGGCCGAGCAGCUGAAGAUGAACACGAUCAAGCAGAAGCUGUUCGAAUCGAUUUCGAUUGACGUUUUUCGCUCCCUCUCCGCCGACCAGGACUACCGCCUAAUGGGCGCCGACCUGAAGGCCGAACUCCUCGAGAAGUGGGGCACCUUCCUG